CUGCUGAAUCUGCUGUCAAAUUCAGUCACUUCAUUUGAGUGCCGAUCACUCGCAGUGCCAGCUGUUCGGCUCUCUUCACUUGCCACUUCCCAGAUCCAGCUGCGGAUCCGGCCUUAGUUCCACGUGUCCACCUAUUUUACUAGGAAUUACGCUUUUCAGCUUUCUUACGUUACGCCUGCAAGGGGAAUUGCGCAGUCGUAGAUUUGGCAGGCGAGCAUGGAGGAGGACGAUCGGUCGAUCGCGGCGCCCGAGGGGAAGAACAAGGCGAUCGACUACGACAAGCUCGAGAGGGAUGUGGACCUCCAGCGGGAUGUCGCUCUCAAGGAGGGGAAGCUGACUGAAGCUCUCGAUGCGCUGCUAGGCUUGGAGAAACAGAUGCGACUGGCGGCGGAUGUGGUCGGCACGCGCACUGUGGCGGUGGCGAUUCUGAAGGUGUGCCACGAGGCUGCUGCGUGGAAGCUUCUCAACGAGCAGAUCGUGGCACUGUCCAAGCGCCGAGCGCAGCUGAAGCAGGUGGUGGCAGCGAUGGUGCAGGAGGCCAUGAAGUACGUGGAUGACGCACCUGAUGACGUCAUCAGGGAGGAGCUCAUCAAGACGCUCAGUGGGGUCACGGCAGGCAAGAUCUACGUGGAGAUUGAGAGGGCGCGCCUGGUGAAGCGGCUGGCGAGGAUGAAAGAGGCGGAGGGGAAGGUGAAGGAGGCGGCGGAGGCCAUGCAGGAGGUGGCGAGCACGGUGAAGCAGGCGGCGGAGGCCAUGCAGGAGGUGGCGGUGGAGACGUUUGGAGCCAUGGCCAAGACAGAGAAGAUUGACUUUAUCCUGGAGCAGGUGCGCCUGUGCCUGGACUCGGACGACUUCAUGCGAGCUCAAAUCUUGGCUAAGAAGAUCAGCCCGCGUGCGUUUGCCUCUGAGACCGUGGAGGCUGCCGAGAAGGCGGCGGCGGCGGCGGCGGCAGCAGCAGCAGGGGAGGUGAAAGAGGAGGGGAAGAAGAAGAAGAAGGGGCCGCGGGAGGAGGGCGAGAUCCAACCUGCUGCGCCCGAUGUGCCAACGCUGGUCGAGCUGAAACUGAAGUUCUACGAGCUCAUGAUCCGGUACUACACGCAUGCGGGCGACUACCUGGAGAUCUGCCGCUGCUACCAGAACAUCUACGACACGCCCGACGUCAAGGCGGACCAGGAGCGGUGGAUUCCGGUGCUCAAGCGCAUCUGCUGGUAUCUGGUGCUGGCCCCUCAUGGCAGCAUGCAGUCAUCCCUCCUCCACUCCACCUUCGCCGAUUCACAUCUCCUUGACCUCCCCAAGUUUCGCGCCCUGCUGAAGCUCUUCAUAACGAUGGAGGUGGUGGGGUGGCCGCAGCUGCAGGCGGACUACGGGGCAGAGAUGGAGGAGGAGAAGGCCACUGUGUUCCACAAGGAGUCGGCGCUGGAGGACCUCCGCCUGCGCGUCAUCCAGCACAACAUCCUGGUGGUGUCCAAGUACUAUGUGCGCAUCACCACGGCACGCCUUGCUCAGCUGCUCUCGCUCACUGCCGAGGAAGCGGAGAAGUUUUUAUCGGACAUGGUGGUGGAGAAGGUGCUGGUGGCCAAGAUUGACCGGCCAGCGGGGAUUGUAACGUUUGGCGAGAGGCAGGAGAGCGGAGUGCAGCUGUUGGAUAAAUGGGCGAGCGAUAUAUCGAAGCUGCUUGACCUGGUGGAGACGAGCUGCCACCACAUCCACAAGGAAGCCAUGGUUCACAAGGUGGUGCUCAAAACAUGAUGCGGGCUUGGAUCUGAUGAAUACGCAUUGGCUGUUUGAACAAGGACCUUCUAUACCAGAGUAAAUGUUUUGUACGGUAUUUGAAUAUGGGUAUGAAAAUGUAUUGGGAAAUUUGUCAUAACGUUGCG